AUGAACAGAGGUUUGUCUAAGAGUUUACAAGCAGCUUUCCCAGAUAUUUUGCCAAUUCCAAGAGCUGUCUUUCAUAAUCUUACCCUAGUACCGGAAUGGUUAGGUGGAUUUGCUUCGGCUGAAGGUUGUUUUUUCGUUAAUAUUUUUAAUUCAUCAACACAUAAACUUAAAGCAGGUGUACAAUUAGAGUUUAGUCUGUCUCAACAUUCUAGAGAUGAGGCAUUAAUGAAAAGCUUGAUUGAAUUAUUAAAAUGUGGUAGUUUCCAUAUGCAAAAUGACGCGUGUUAUUAUAGAGUUGGUAAUUUAUCAAGUAUAACUGAAAACAUUAUUCCUUUAUUUAAAGAAUAUCCUAUCCUUGGAGAAAAGUCUAAAGAUUUUUCUGAUUUCUGCGAAGUAUUAGAAAUGAUUAAAGACAAAAAACAUUUAACUAAGGAAGGGUUAGAGCAAAUUCGAAUUAUCAAAGCUGGAAUGAACACUGGGAGAUCGAAAAGUGUGCCAGCUUCAGAGUAG